AUGGAACGUCGGCUCCGGAACACAUCAUGCGAUUCCGGCAAUGGGGCUGUCGGCGAUCACGGCACACCGGUUGAUAGUAGCGUCGCAAACUGGGAAUCCUGUCUAUCUGAGGCUCCACUAUGUGACGGACUGCUUCUAUCCCACCUCGGAUCAAUUGCCUUCGGACCUUGCCGGUCCUCCGCUGCUGGUUCCUAUGUAAUCCCCUCGAAGCCCCCCUCGCUCCUCGUUCAUUCAGCAGCAAUUCUCAAGUCUUCAAGUCUCAUACUCCCAAUCCUCCCAAGCAAAGACUCCUGCUUCUCCUCCGAGACAACCCUUCUCCAAACAUCCACAUCUUACACAAUGCGUGCCGCUACUCUCCUCCUCGUCGCCCUCUCGGCUGUGGCUCUCGCCCUCCCUACCACCAACAACGUCGAGCGUGCCGCUGCUGACGCCAACGUCCGUCAGAUGGACGAGCUUACCGUUGCUGCUAUCAGCAAGUAA